AAAUCGAACGAAGACCAGCGGCAGUUUACUAUUGCAAUCGUUGCGGAGCGUAUGCAAACGGUAGUCAGCCAGCUAGUCAGCCGGACAAGCCAAAACUCACAACUCUUGUGCUUGACGUCCAUCUUGUUGUCCAUCCAAAAACAGCCUCAACUCCACUGGUAAAAACAGCAGUAUUCUGAAACAGAACAAUGUCAUCUAUGCCAGUAUCGAGUUAUACGUUUGUCACCUCUGGUGGACAGAGGCGAUUUGUUCAUCGUUGGCAGUAUGAAAAUAACGAAGUUAUUGAAUGUAAUAAAUGCGGCAGUUCAUGCAAGGAAACCGAUGCCUAUGGCAAACACUGGUCCCAGCCAAAGACAUUGGAUGACAACGACAGCAACAACAACAACAAGGAUGGCAGCAUCGACAUAUCAAGGACAGCUAAAACGCCAAUAGCACUUUCUACAUCUACAUCGUCAUCAACAUCAUCAUCAUCAUCGUUGACAUCGUCGGAUAAGAGCUUUGGCCGGAUAACAACCUUAAUGGAUAGCAAGGAAAUUAUUGUCAGCAAAAACGUUGAAUCCUUUAUGCUGUGCGCCUCAAAGGCCGUAAGUGAUAGCCAGCAAUUUUUAUUGGAUGCUGGCAUAAAAGCUGUGCCCGAUUUACUGGCUUCCCUCUAUGCCAUGUAUGGUGGUGGUCACAGUCAUCGCUUGCUGCUGGUGGCGGUGGGCUUCUAUGUGACCAUUGGAGGUGAGACGUUUAUGCUACAAACAACCGAAUUGACAAUAAAACAUCACUACGACAUCCGAGAAAGUGUGGAUAUGAUUUUUGCCAUGCUCUUGGAGAAGCUGAGAAACUUUUUGGCAUGUCGCAGUGAGUCCAAUGGCUUUGGAAAACAAGAGGCAUACAGCAUUAAAAGAAUCCGCAUAAAAGUGCGAAAACAACAGCUGCAACAGGAGAGUAUGCCAUUGCCCUUGCAUUAUGCCCGCAAGCAGACGAACAUGGAAAUGAGUGGCACCACAGCCAAUCGCAAUGAAUUAGCAUCGCUGACAGCAUGGUUUCGUCAACAUUUGCUAACCUCCGAGCCAUUGGAUAGCCAAAUGUCGCCUUUUCCCUGUAAUCUCUAUUGUUUUCAGGAAUGUCCAAAUUCAUUGGAACUCUAUGUGGUGCCAUAUCAUUUGGGCAGUUCCUCCAAUGAUCUCUACAAAAGUCGCAGCUUUAUUAUCCUAUGUGAUAUCAAGGGGCGCUUUAUGGAACUACAGGAAAUCACCAAUAUACGACGUUUUCUCCAUCACGCCACGGAAGAUCGUGUGCUUUGGUGUCCACGUUGCCAGCAAUGUUUUGUGGAACACUCCAAAUUGGCUUUACAUAAAAUGCUCCAAUGUGGCCGAGGGUUUGAAAUAUUGCAAUUGGAUUCAGAUUUCAUUGAAAUCUAUGAAAAUUGUUUGUUAUUGGAAAAAUGUGAUAAUUGGUCAUUGUUUGGUAUUAUUGAAUAAAUUCGAUUUUUCGGACAUUCAUUCAAAAUGAUACGGAAA